AUGGAGGACGACCGUAACCCUCCGUUGAAUCACGAGGGGAUUGUUCCACCACCACUACAUGAUGGCCUAGCUCUUAAUAGGCCAAACGAGAGGGUCGCCCCUCUUCCCGCAAGACGUACCUUGGCUUUUCUCAAUAAGUAUUUCUCUAUGGGUAAGACCGCGAGGAUGACCAAGGAAAUUAUAGAUUUUCUCCAAUUACAUGGUGAAUCUCUAUACCAAGCUUGGGAACGUUUCAAAGAGCUUCAAAGAAAUUGUCCGCAUCAUCAUCUAGGAAGGGAGCAUCUUGUCUCUAUUUUCUACAAUGGUACCAAUGAGGCUACACGGGCAACAAUUGAUGCGGCAUCGGGAGGAUCACUUAUGAAGAAAACUUAUGAUGAGGCCAAUAACUUGCUAGAGGAACUCGCUACAAAUAGUUGUUCUUGGAAUCAUCCUAAUUUUUCGUGGAGGGAAAAUGCGGGUCAAGCCAAUGCCAACCCAAAUAUGGGAGGAGCAAAUUUUCAAGGAGGAAACCGUGGUCCACAAAACCAAGGCAACUUCAACAACUACCGACCACAACCCCCACCCGAGUCAAAUCCAAGGGAGCAAGUAAAGGCCAUUGAACUCCGAAGCGGGAAAGAACUUGAUGAUCCACAUGCAAGUAAAGAGAAAGCGAUCGAUCUAACAACGGGAACAAAUGAGGAGGAAGUAACCGAACUUCCAUAUGUAAAACCGCCACCUCCUCCUCCAUUUGUGCCAAAGGUCCCCUUCCCGGGACGAUUGAAGAAGACGCCGGAUAACCAAAAAUUCCAUAAAUUUCUGGAAAUUUUCAAGAAACUCCAAAUCAAUAUAAGCUUUGCGGAUGCUUUGCGUGAGAUGCCUCAAUACGCGAAGUUCCUCAAAGAAAUCAUAACGAAGAAAAGGAGUUGGGACGACAAAGGCACAAUUUCCCUAACGGAAAAUUGUAGCUCACUCAUCCUUAGUGACUUGCCCACCAAGCUUAAGGACCCAGGGAGUUUUACAAUUCCAUGCAAAAUAGGCGAUUUAAAUUCAAUUAAUUGUCUAUGUGAUUUAGGGGCAAGCAUCAAUCUAAUGCCUUUGUUUCUUUUCAGGGAUAUUUUUGGUGAUCAAACUUUGAAGCAAACAUCAAUGAUGCUUCAAUUGGCGGACCACUCCCUAAAAAAGCCAUACGGAGUGGUAGAAGAUGUUCUAGUCAAAGUAGACAAAUUCAUCUUUCCGGUGGAUUUUGUCGUACUUGACUAUGCGGCGGAUAAAACAUGCCCUAUGAUUCUUGGGCGUCCUUUCAUGAACACGGGGAGGGCAUUGAUAGAUGUGCACGCCGGACGACUCACUUUGCGUAUCGAUGAUGACAAAGUGGAGUUUGAUAUGAAAAGGAUUAUGCGCAACACUUUUGAGGAGGUGGAAUGCAUGAAAUUGGAUAUGGUUGAUGGAAUUGUGGAAGAACUUUUCCCGGUUUCAAAAGUCAUAUUCCAUUCCGAGGAGACACAAGCAACUUCCGAGGAAGAAUAUUCCAAAGAAGAUGAGCCGAAAGCCGAAAAUUUGAUUAGAAGAGAGAGCGUGACACCACCUUCUUCUAUCUCUCCACCAAAGGUUGAGCUUAAAACGUUACCAUCUCACUUACGGUAUGCGUUUUUAGGCGACAACAUGACUCUUCCCAUCAUCAUCUCAAACAACUUGUCGGAAACACAAGAAGCGAGAGUUGUCAAAGUGGUGAAGCAACAUAUAUUGGCGAUCGGUUGGCAAAUUUCGGACAUCCGAGGAAUUAGUCCCUCGGUGGUCAUGCACAAGAUCCACCUAGAAAACGAGUCAAGAGCAUCGGCUCAAAGACAACGGCGUUUGAAUCCAAAUAUGAAGGAGGUCGUGCACAAAGAGAUAGUAAAACUUCUCGACGCCGGAAUUAUAUACCCCAUAUCCGAUAGUGCGUGGGUUAGUCCCAUUCAAUGCGUUCCAAAGAAAGGGGGGAUAACGGUGAUUGAGAACGAGAAGGGUGAGCAAAUUUCCACUAGGACGGUAACGGGAUGGCGUGUUUGUAUUGACUACCGCAAGUUGAAUACGGAGACGAGGAAGGACCAUUUUCCGUUACCAUUUAUCGAUCAAAUGUUGGAGCGGGUAGCGGGCCACGCUUAUUAUUGUUUUCUCGAUGGAUAUUCCGGGUACAAUCAAAUUCUUAUCUUCCCGGAUGACCAAGAGAAAACAACUUUCACAUGUCCUUAUGGAACGUUUGCUUAUCGGAGGAUGCCGUUUGGUCUUUGUAAUGCACCGGCAACAUUUCAACGAUGUAUGACUUCCAUCUUCGCCGAUAUGAUUGAAGAUAUUAUGGAAGUCUUCAUGGAUGAUUUUUCGGUAUUCGGGGACUCUUUUGAGAUAUGCUUAAAUAAUCUUGAACGAGUGUUGGCCCGGUGUGAGGAGACCAAUCUAGUCUUGAAUUGGGAGAAGUGCCAUUUCAUGGUAGAGGAAGGAAUUGUCUUGGGACAUAAAAUCUCCAAGGACGGCAUUGAAGUAGAUAGAGCAAAAACGGAAAUCAUCGAGAAAUUACCACCACCAACUACCGUAAAGGGAGUUCGUGCCUUCUUAGGGCACGCCGGGUUUUAUCGACGAUUCAUCAAAAAUUUCUCUUCCAUUGCUCGUCCUCUAACUAAUUUACUUGUUAAAGAUAUUCCUUAUGAAUUUACUAAUGAUUGCCUUGAUGCUUUUGCUAGGUUGAAAGAAGCCCUCAUCUCGGCCCCAAUUAUUUCAUCACCCGAUUGGACUCUUCCUUUCGAACUCAUGUGUGAUGCAAGUGAUAUAGCACUCGGGUGCGUAUUGGGGCAACGGAGGGAGAAAAAGCUUCACGUGAUAUACUAUGCGAGCCGAACAUUGGCGGAGUUUGACAUCGAAAUUCGCGACAAGAAAGGAACGGAGAACGUCGUCGCCGAUCACUUGUCAAGGUUAGAGAUUCCGGAACCAAUUAUAAGUGGCGUAGAGAUUAAUGAAACGUUUCCGGAUGAGAUGUUGAUGGUACUUUCGGAAGUGGAAACGCCAUGGUAUGCGGAUAUCGCAAACUAUCUAUCUUCCGAAAUAAUGCCACCGGAUUUGACUUACCACCAAAGGAAGAAGUUCUUGAGCGAUGCUAAACGGUUUCUAUGGGAGGAACCGUACCUCUUCAAGGUGUGUGGAGAUGGGAUUUUGAGGAGAUGUGUACCACUACAAGAGAUGAUGCCUAUACUUAGUCAAUGCCAUUCCUCGGAUUAUGCGGGUCACUAUGGUACAUCAAGGACCGCCGCUCGUGUGCUAGAGUGCGGAUUCUUUUGGCCUACGCUAUUUCGUGAUGCAAAAGACUUUGUUAGUCAUUGCGAUCGAUGCCAAAGAGUGGGGAACAUAUCUAAGAGAGAUGAAAUGCCGCUUACCAACAUCCAAGAGGUGGAACUUUUCGAUGUGUGGGGAAUCGACUUCAUGGGUCCUUUUCCUAUGUCGUUUGGGAAGCAAUACAUAUUGAGAAUUCUAGAGAAAACGGUUAAUAACACAAGGAAAGAUUGGUCACUGAAAUUAGAUGAUGCAUUAUGGGCAUAUCGUACGGCUUUUAAAACGCCUCUCGGGAUGUCUCCAUAUCGUAUUGUUUUUGGGAAAGCAUGCCAUCUUCCGGUGGAACUUGAACAUAGAGCGUAUUGGGCCAUUAAAAAGCUCAAUUUUGACCUUAAAGCGGCGGGGGAGAAACGUAUGCUUCAACUCAAUGAGUUGGACGAAUUUCGGUUAAAUGCCUAUGAAAACGCCAAGCUUUACAAAGAGAAGACGAAACGAUGGCAUGACGCUCAUAUCGUGCCUAAAACGUUUGUGGAGGGCUCUUUUGUCUUGCUCUACAACUCGCGCCUCAAAUUAUUUCCCGGGAAAUUAAAAUCCCGUUGGAGCGGUCCUUUCAAGAUUCGAACGGUGGCAAGUCAUGGAGCUUUGGAAUUGGAGAACUCUAGUGGUGAAAUCUUCAAAGUAAAUGGACAACGGUGCAAGCCGUAUCUUGGACCUUUGACGGAUCAAGUAGUGGAACAAAUCACGUUCACCACUCCUACAUAA